AUGGAAGCUUUGCUGGGAGGUGAACUGCAUCGAACCUACGUCAAGAACAAGCACAUCUUCUAUGGGAGCAAGGUCUUUGCGCGCUACUACCUCGCUUGUGCGCUGACAGCGGUUGAGCAUCUGCACCAGCUGCGGGUGAUGCUGCGAUCUUUGAAGCCGGAGGACUGCGCUUUGGAUCUCAAAGGCCAACUGAAAAUUUUCGAUUUUGGUUUGUCCAAGUUCAUCGUGGAUAAGACUUACACCUCCUGUGGAACACCAGACUAUUUCAGCCCAGAGAUCAUCUCCGACACGGGCCACUCCUUCCCCGUUGACUGGUGGUGCGCUGGGGUCAUGUUGUUCGAGCUCUUGAGCGGAGACCCUCCCUUUGCGUCGGACUAUCCCAUGUUGACUUACCAAAAGGUGAUGAAAGGAAUCAAGAAGAUCAGCUUUCCAGGCACAAUUCCCAGCGAUGCCAAAAACCUUAUUUGUUCCUUGUGUGAAAAAGAGCCCAACAAACGUUUACCGGAGGCCAAAGGUUUCGAGGCGUUGCAAAAGCACGCCUUUUUCAAGGAUUUCAACUGGGAAGGUUUAUCAUCGAUGACACCACCUUUUCUGCCCAGUUCCAACGAAAAGAACUACGACGAUACGGAAGAAGAUUUGCACCCGUGCUUCAAAUCACCUGGAGACCCCAAGGACAUCAAAAACGGUGGCCAAUCUGCACUGGUGAAGCAGCAGAUUUCAGGAUUACGCUAUGUUUAUUUAACAGAUAGGUGCAUCAUCCACAAAUGGGUCAACCAGCGGCUAUGCUUUAGGGUUUAA